AUGGAUUCCCCCCAAGGCCGCUCAGAGACAGAGACGCGCGCCUCUAUGCACACUCGAGCCAGCUCCGUCCAGACACCGACGACCAGUCAGUUAAGGCAGCCAUUACCGCCACACUAUCUGGCUUCAGUGAAUGAAACCGUCUCCUUUGAGCCACGCCCAAGCCGGUCAUCCAGCAUCGUGUCGACGAGGACCGGAUUGACAAUUGGGACCUUGCAAGACGAGACGAGGAGCAUACGCAGCGUUGACCUGACCAUUGGGGGCAGGCUAUUUCAUAUCAACCGAGAUGCAUCAAGGAUAUCGAUCUUGGAACCAAUUGAUUUACCCCCAUAUUCACCUCCGCCACAUGGGUUCUCUUCUCUUAGCCAAGUCAUUGGAGAGGCUGAGCAGACCCAUCCUCACCCAAUUCAGCGUUCCGUUGCUAGUUCAGGAUCGGCUGAUGAGGUCCUACAUACAAACAGCGAUGAACAAACCGUAGGAAGGAGCCUCUCUUUUAAUCCAGGACCUGAUAAACUUUCUGUUAUACCGAAGAGAAGAUCCGCUUCGCAGGGUAAUAUCCCAGACAGCGCUUACAGCCGUGCCGGACAGCCUGUUUCACCCCUUCGCCGGCGAAAUGGCGUUCGUUUGCCCAGAAUUUUUACUUCAAUACCCCAUGAGCGCGACACCUGCUCAGAGGAUACCACGCUUCUUGACAACGAGUCCGGAAGCAUCCGCGUAACGCGCUCGGCAGGACCGCGCAUUGGCGGUGGUGAAGUACACUCGAGGUCGCCAUCAUACAUUGGACAAAAUGCUCACGGCAAAUUCCCUACCUGUGUUGAAUCGACACACUUAACCUGUCCGCACACAAGUUAUGGUGGAUAUUCGCGAAACACGGACGAGUCGCAAAUCCUUGCGCCCCAGAGCCCGGCUAGGGUCGAAGAAAACCACGCUGAUGGAACUACGCCACCAUCAAUGGACUCGGAAAACGAUAUAAGCAUUCACUAUUCACGUUUAAUCCGCAGCAUCGAUCGCGAUAAUCGAAAGGCUCUCAACCUUCGGGAUAAGGAGCUGGCUACGAUGCGCGUAAGAUUAAACGAGCUAGACCAAGUUUAUCGAAAGGAGCUGAAGUCGCGGGAUUUUACAAUCGACGAUCUCCGGAAACGGCUUCAGCAUCUCGAAGAGCAGAUGCAAUCACGGAUUGAGAAAUCGCAGAAUGAAGUCGAGGAGCAGUGGGAAAGCCGAUGGAAGUUAAGGGACCGGCAUUACAUGGAGAGGAUGAGGAGGAUGGAGUUGGAUUUUCAGAAGCAAUUAGAGCAAGCUGUCUCCGAUCGGGACAGCGAAUGGGCAGCCGAGCUGAAGAGGAUGAAUGACAAGCUUUUGAAAAAUAUUGGUGGUACAGGCAGUUUAUCAGAUUAA